AUGUUCAGAAAGAUCCACUCCAUCCUCCACCACGGCCCACAGAGGAAGGCGGCAGCCGAAGGCCCCUACUACACUGGAGCCAGCCCUACUGUCAGGCUGAUUCGCAGUACCUCCAUGUACGUGGUUACAGACCACUUCGAGAGGCCCAGCGAGUCCUUAAAGAAGUACAGAAGCAUCCACAGCAUGGACACCAGCCUGCACUAUCUGCAGCAGGAGGACCGCGCCUGGAUGUACUCACGCACCCAGGACUGCCUGCAGUACCUUCAGGAGCUGCUGGCUCUGCGCAAGAAGUAUCUCAGCAGCCUGGGUGACCUGAGGCCCCGGCGCACACAGGGCGCUGGCUCUACCUCUUCCAAGUCCUCCAAGGGAACAACGCAAAAGACCCCAGGAAAAGGCAAGAAAGCAGUCUCAAAGAAAUACUCCCAGUUCAGCAGCGAUGUGGCUGAGGCCAUCGCCUUCUUUGACUCCAUCAUUGCAGAGCUAGAGACAGACAAACGGCCGAGAGCUGCUGAGGCUGACCUGCCUAACGAAGACGUGGACUUCGAUGUGGCUACCAGCUCACAGGAGCACAGCUUGCAUUCCAACUGGAUUCUGCGGGCACCGCGCAGACAUUCCGAGGCCAUUGCUGCCCAUGCCACCGCGGACAGUCGGUUUCGGAGGAGCACAGAGCACAGGGUCGCUGGCACCCAGCGGAGGCUUGAGAGACACCCCAUUUACCUGCCCAAGGCUGUGGAAGGGGCGUUCAACACCUUGAAAUUUAAGCCCAAAGCCCACAAAAAGGACCUGCGAAGCUCCGGACAGAUCCUUCGCAGCUUCUCCAAAGAGGACAUGGAGUGGGACGAGGAGUUCUUCACACAGGAGUCCCCGCUGUCCCUGGAAGAUGAGCAUUAUGAGACAGAGAAUCCCAAAGGGGAGUGGCUGGUCCGAGAAAGACUCUGGGAACGGACAGUGCCCUGAUUGGACUUGCCUUAGCCUGGGUCUAUGACAGGAGGGCUGCUUUCAGGGCAGUGUGAGAUGCUCAGUUAGAGUUAAAAAAAAAUGAAAUUAUAAAGCUGUAAGACAACCAAACUCCUCAACGCGCUACCCGUCCAGAGCCCAGCUAGUGCCAAAAAGAAGCUGAGUUUCCCAGGGGGACAUGUCCUGGGGGAGUCAGAGCCUGGGCUUCCCACAGGAGUGGCCAGGAGAAAGCUGAGCCUGGCUGCUGGUGUUCCAGAGCAGAGGCGCAGGGGACCUGAAUGAGUGUCCCUGCCACAUUGCCUAGCCUGUCACACGUAGGAGGUUGUGCAGAUGGCUGCAGGUAAUAUGCUCAGAACUAGAAAGGAGCCAAUCUGGAGUUCUGGCUCAAAGUGUCCAAGACUGUGUCCCAGAAGCCUAUUGGUGAAGUCUUGAGUCCCCUCCUUUCAUGCAAAACACAGUUAAGAAAGCACCCACUCUGCGCUAGGUCUUUUCGGGGUUUCCAGAAUCUUCUGCUGCUAGGCUAAAAAUGAGGCCAAUAUCCUUUUGGUCGGGUAGAGGAAGGUCGCGUCAGGGCUUCUUUGUGAUCACACUGUCGCCCUCAGCCCAGUAGUUCUGCUCCUCCACGCAGACAGCUGGCUCAAGGUGGUAGAGGUAGGCAAGUCUUCUCUAAUUCUCCCUUCUAGUUCUCACACACAUAAAGCUGUAUCCAUGCAACCAGCUCACCGCAGGCUCUGCAUCUCCCCGUUAACAGGUAGCUGUAGCAUGAUGUUCUUUCUGUCUAGGAAGAAUUUUGUGGUUUAGCCAUUGGCUGACUCACGGCUCCACUUUCAGUGUGUGCUUCAUAUACAGUCCAGCACACAGUCUUUAUUUGGGCAUAGAGUUACAUCUAUUAAGGUUACAAGCCACUGGUCGAAGAAGACACUCCACUUUGACCUGCCUGCUUCUUCUCUCAUCCAAAUACUAACCAGGUGUCUUAGACACUAUCCCGUUGCUGUGAUAAGACACCAUCAGAGGCAGCGUACAGAAGAAAGGGUUUAUUUGGAGCGUACAGUUCCAGAGGCUGAGCCCAUGACCAUCAUGUAGGGAAGUAAUGACUGCAAGCAGGCAGGCAUGGCGCUGGAGCAGAAGCUGAGAGCUCGCAUCUUGAAACAACAACCACAAGGGAGAGAGGGAGGGGACAGAGAGAAAGAGAGAGAGAGAAAAAAAGAGAGAAAGGGAGAGAGAGAGAAAGAG